AGCUCAUGAAUCUCCAACGCUCUCACACUGAGGAGAAAUCCUUCAAGUGCAAGGUUUGUGACAAAGCAUUCUGCAACUCAUCGAAACUCUUGCGUCAUCAGAGGAUUCACACAGGAGAGAAACCAUUCACAUGUGAGGUGUGUGAUAAAUCAUUCUCCGUGUCCUCACACCUCCGUGUGCAUCAACGCAUCCACACAGGGGAGAAACCUUUUAGAUGCAAGGUGUGUGACAGAUUAUUCUCACGGUCAGAGAAUCUCCGAACACAUGAACGUGUCCACACAGGAGAGAAACCAUUCACAUGUGAUGUAUGUGACAAAUCAUUCUCACAAUCAGGACAGCUCCGCACACACCAACGAAUCCACACAGGUGAGAAGCCAUUCACAUGCAAAGAGUGUGACAGAUCAUUUUCAGAUUCAUCGUCGCUCCGUAGACAUGAGCGCAUUCACACAGGGGAGAAGCCAUUCACUUGUGAAGUGUGCAGUAAAUCCUUCUCAUCGUCAUCGACCCUCCACACACACCAAAGUAUUCACACUGGUGAGAAACCAUUCAUGUGUGUCAAAUGUUUCAAAUCAUUCUCAGAUUUGUCAUACCUCCGCAGACACAAGCGCAUUCACACAGGAGAGAAACCAUUCACUUGUGAUGUAUGCAAUGAAUCAUUCUCAGCAUUAUCGACCCUCCGCACACAUCACCAUAUUCACACAGGAGAGAAACCAUUCACUUGUGAGGUGUGUGACAAAUCGUUUUCUCAGUCAGGGAUUCUUCAGGUACACCAACGCCUCCACACAGGGGAGAAACCAUUUACGUGUGGGGUAUGUGAUAAAUCAUUCUCGCAGUCAGAAAGCCUUCGCAGACACCAAUGUAUCCACACAGGUGAGAAUCCAUAUACAUGCGAGGUGUGCACAAAAUCAUUCUCGAGGUCCUGGAACCUCCUGCUCCAUCAGAGGAUCCACACAGGGGAGUAACCCAUUCAACCUGAGAUUUGUGAUGAAGGUUUUGUGAUGUCUUUGACCAUGGGGGAUGCCACAUAAUUUUCACAGGAACAAAUAGUUGUGAUGUUUGUUCAAUGGUCUUAAUAGUACUUUCACCCAGUCAGUAUAUCUCCUGUAUAAGGGUCUGGUAUAAGCCAGUUCAUGUACCUUUCCCAAACCAUUUCGGUCUGUUCCAAAUUUUUGUAAAGGAUGUUAGUUAAUUUGGAGAGAUAUCACUUUGAAGAGAAGUACAAGCAAGGGAAGAGAUGUACAUCAGUGACAUGCUGUCAGGAGCUGCACUCUCUUUGAAGGAAGUUGAUGCUGGUACACAGUGUGAAAUAUUCCAAUUCAACAAGAAGCAACAACACAACAUGCUCGGGAAAUCGUCAGCCCAGCAGAGGUGUUGGAAAACAUCUAGUCUCCAUAUCAUCAGAAAUGGGUUAUAAACCCAAAUUGUGCAGUGGAACCUUCAAACAUUUCAACAUACUGACCCCAUGGGAAUUGCUUGGGAUGUUUCAAAUUCCAACAGGCAAUAUCCUCUCAGGGAUCCUCUUUAAAAAAUUUCAAAGGAAUUUGUGUCAGAGAGUUUUAACAGUUCCAAUGUACUUACCUGAACAGUUGUCUGAAAUUAUCAGCUGCAACCCGAAAAACAACUUCCCAACUUGCUGACUAUACCCCUGACUGAUCCCUACCCCAGCCAACCCCGCUGCACUAUUCGUGCUCUGAUCUCCGCACGAUUCUCUGUGUGGAUUCCUGCACUGAUUGUCUUCAUGCUCUCUUCAAAUGUGACAGGCAGUUGUGACAAAAAGAUGUCCUGAAACCAUCAGCCAAGCAUUCGAGAGGGCUGUUCAUGACUCAUGACACUUCAUGGAUGAAGCUAGGAGUAGACCUCUGUACUCUUACUGAAAUGUUACGGUAGACGACAAUGAAGGGGAAAAUAAAGUAAAUUUUUUUUAAAAGCAAUAGCAUUAAAAGGGAUAGCAAGGAUAUAAAGGGUUAACUCAGAAUAGCCUACAGUAUGGAAAAUUCCUGAUAGACUGCAUACACAUAUCCUUACAGAUGACCAAGGACAGGAAAUAAAGAAUGACCUUUCCCCCACUUGAGAAACUGCUGAGGCCUGUCUACAACUGAGAAAUGAAUUUACUGGUAGUGAAGAGAAUGGAGAUGAUGAGGCUGCAACCCUGAGGUCAGAGAUGUCAGGAUCAGGCACAUGGAACUCCCAUAGUUAAUGUGUGGUUUGCACAUAGUUUCAAGAGAGAACUCAAAAACCAGUUAACAAACCUUCAGUGGAACUCCAGGACAUAUGACUCAGCUAACUGCCAGGUCAAAUUCCUUAAGUUAGAGGCCAGGCUUGCACCAAUCAGGACAUUACAUGCCAGUUAGCAAUCGCUAAUUUGAAAUUUAGGCAUUCAACCUGCAAUGUAAUACUACAAGGAAAAUAUUUUAAUUUUCUUCUGUUUUCACAAAGCAUUUUCUUAGUUUUGAAUAACUUUAACCUGCUUAAAUGUAGUAAACCUAUUAUUUUGUUUAAAACCAUUUGAACUCUUAAAAAGCCAGGUUUAAAUAUUAGAGUAACAGUUAGAACAUGCACUAAUGCUAGUGGUUGGUAAGUUGUCUGCACGGAAUAGGGAGUGUAACUGUAUUUUAUGUAUAAAAGCCACAACUAUUUGCAACUCAGAGCCUUUGAGCUGUUUCUCCAUGCAUGUGA